AACUAUAUGCUUACCUGUAGGCCUUAUAAAUGUAUUAGAUAUAUGCUUUCGGGGUGAAUGUAUCGUAUUUGAUAUUACAAUACAUAAAACACGGAAUAAAAGUAUAAUAUACUAUACCAUGUUCCUUAACAGGUAUAGAACAGACUAGUAAUUUCGGCGCUUAAUAAUUUGUGGAAUCGCUCCAAUGGGAAAUCGAAAUCGGAAAUUAAAAUUUAAUUUGCGUCUAACGAAUAGUCAAGCUAACCAAUAAAUAUGAUUAGCUAAAUCCCACUAUGUGUGCUUAGUAGUAAGGUUGUAAACCGCAGGUUUAUAUACAAAUGAUGAGACGUCAGGUAAACAGAAAGUGUUACAGCAUAAUACUGGAGCUGCCAGUGUAACCUUUUGAUAUCACUUCGCCUUUCCUAAGUUUUUCUUGCUUGUAAAUAAUGUAUGCGACACCAUUACUCCAGACGGGCGUCAAUGCGAAUAGGUAUUAGGUGUUAUUGGAGAGGAGAUUAACGCCAAUAGCGGUUUUCCGAAAUUGCGACAAGGCAUAUAAUAAAAUGAAGACUGGGAAACAUUUGAGUAAAAAAACUAGGCGCUUGUAGUUCAUAAAACAGGGCGUUGCAGUCGUUAAAGGCGACUGUUUCAUUGAUUUUGUCUUAUAGGUCAAGGAGUACUACAGAGAAUGCUGAACUGGAUCGGGUUUGUGGUUGUGACGAGCAUAGCUCCUGUUGUAACAGCUUGCUUUAUUGGAACAAGUGACCAGUGUUCAUGUGACAUUAACCGUUUAGAAAUCCGCUGCUCCGGACUGGAAAAUACGCUUGACGAGGUCAUGCUAAGCUUGGCGGCCGAGACACGAUAUAUUGUUCUGAGAAAAAACUGGGUGUUGGACGAAACCACCCUCCGCGCCGAACAUAUCGUAGGCCUCAGGAAACUGGUCGGAUUUGACAUUUCGCACAACCGAAUUGAUAAAAUCGAACCCGACACGUUCAGUAAUCUAAGAAUGUUAGAAGAUGUCGAUAUAAGCAGAAACAAAAUUCGUGUUUUGGAAAAUAAUGUCUUUUCUGGAUCCCUCCCAAGUUUAAGAAAUAUAAAUCUUUCUGGCAACAAAAUAAUUAUAAUUUUGGACGGAACAUUCAACGCUGCAUCUAAUCUUGAGAGCUUGGAUCUUACCGAGAACCCAGUUGUUUUCCUUGGUGCAAGAUCAUUUGAAGGUCUUGUAAAUCUUCAAUAUCUCACAAUGUCCGGGUUUCAAGUGACAGAGUUUCCCAGCAAACCAUUGAGCAGUUUAGUUAAUCUGCGUCGACUAGAACUUCGCAAUUUUCCAGCAAUUACUGGAAUACCCGAUGCUGCGUUUAGCGAAAACUCACGUCUGACGUCACUUACCAUUUCGGAUGUUCCAAACAUUUCCGAACUCGGCUGGGGGUCGAAUUGUCUACGGAAUUUAUCAAAACUACGUCACCUUACGCUUCGAACUUGUAACCUACCGGUGAUUUCAGCAGUUUCAUUUGAAAAUCUAAAACAACUUAAACAACUCGACAUUUCCAACAAUCCAAUAGGGAUUAUAAAAUCCAAUGACUUAUCAGCACUCUUAAACUUGGAGGAACUCUUCUUGGUAAGCACUGCCCUAAACGAAGUACAGGCUGGAGCUUUUACUCGAAUGGUAAAACUCAAGCAUCUCAAUGUGGCAAAUAACAGGAUGACAACCAUCGACAGAGGCGCUUUUCCAGAUGACAUUUCAUCUAUGCGUAAACUUACAAUUACAAACAAUUUGUGGAGCUGUGAUUGCGGGAUACUAUGGAUCGUGACGUCAUCUAUCACGAUCGAAAAUAACGGAGUGACAUGUACUUCCCCGCCGAUUUAUCAAGGAUCAAACUUAACAGAGGUGGUGGCGCGUCUAACACGCUACGAACGUUGUUACAUCUGCACUAUAAAAGAUUUCCCUUCGCCCAAUUACACCCAGGUGGACGUUGGUGGCACAGUCGAUCUGCCAUGUUACGCUACGGGGACUCCCCUUCCAACAGUUACGUGGUAUGCACCUUCAGGGCUCGUAAUUUCUUCUGCGUUCACGUCCACCCCUCGAAUAUUACGUCACAAUCUCAUUGGAAAACACCUCUUCAUCCGUGACGUAACUAUAGCUGAUGCUGGUGUUUACAAGUGUGUAGCAGCUAACGGAGUUGGUGUCGAUCAAAAGACUUUAAAGCUUCAAGUUCGAGUUAUUGAUGGAAGAAUUAUUGAAAAGCCGACACAGUUUACAAUGAGUGGCAACAUAACAGCGUUACGAAACGAAAUCGUCACCAAACAAUCGAAUGUUUCAGCCUGCCCGUCUCAGUCACCAGUAAUCAUGACUGUAUUGAUUGGCGCGUUAAGCGCAAUGUCAGCAAUUGGUUUACUUCUUAGCUUCUUGCUGGGUGUGUGGGGUUACAGCAACGAAAAAAAAUUUAAGCAGCUGAAGAAAAAGUUAAGAGAGGCGAACACAAGCCAAAAACGUAAAUACAACUCCGAGCAGACGAGACCGCAGUCACCUUUAGCAGCUUCAAACGGUACUGGAGCUAUUGGUCCUGUCCUGAAUCAAAAUUCAGGUUAUGGAUGUCCGAGAAAUUUACCGACAAUGAGCAACUACCGAACAGCACCAUCAAUAUUGCCUGAGAAACCAAGGCAUGCCACUAUGAUAGGUGACCGCAAAGUGGAUUUCCGGAAUUCUAUUAGCUCUGGAUACGGAUCUUUUGGUAAUGGCACGACGCCAACUAAACCUGCAGCAAGCAACACCGGUUCUGUCGUCAGGGGAAUGUCUUAGGGCAUCCAUUUCAAUAAAACGUACCAGCGGGUUGAAAUUGGUGGCCUGACCAAAACGCGAAAAUAGGGGAUUAGAAGAUAAUCAUCUCAAUCCUUAUCACGUUUCAAAUGAAAGUGCUAGAAUAUAAUGAGAGUAUACGAACAAUGGAAAAAAGCUGGACCUACCUUGUUUUCAUUACGGUCUAGCUAGACUCUAGACAAAAAUCACGAAUCGGCUGCUUGAAGAUAAGUUUAUCGACCC